AUGUUUGCCCGAACAUUUCUCUUGGUGAUUGCCGCCGCAAGCGCUGCAAACUCGCUGGCCAUCCAGUAUAGCCAGCUCUCCGACCUCCAGCCCGCAACCUGCCUCCCAUCAACCUGCGGUCACAACGGGUCCGUCGUCUGCUACAAUGACGAGCAAUACUGCCAUGCCGAGUCAGACCAGCCCAACUAUGUCGGGGAAAGCUUAGGUCUACCCUGCCGCAACGAAACGGUCUCGCCCAAGUAUCCCAUAACAAAGGCCUGUGAAGAAAGCAAGCUCGCGCCUUAUGAUGAGACCAAGAUACCCGCAGAGUGUUACAACACAUUGUGUGCCGCGAUGGAUGGAAAAGCAAAAGGGCUCUGGUGCCUGUAUUUCCCCGAAGGCUGGACCGGGAUGCAGUACAAGAAGCUAGGGAUGGAGUGUAGCCCGUCAGAAGGGAAAUGA